AUGAACGAUCUACAACCUAAAGAUGAAAGUGCAAAAAACCUUCAAUUAUAUUUUCACGAUACAAACAAUGAAAUAGAAAAUCGACAAAUAUCUUCUCCACGAUUAUCCAAAGGCAUAAUUGCAACGUGUAUAACUUAUCUACAACAUAAUCCAUAUGCACGUUUUUUUAGAAAUUUAAGAGACAUUCCAUCUUUGAGUGAAUAUAAGAUUAUUCUUAAGACUAUUCCGGGACAAGAUCAACGAGUAUACAACAAACCAGAAGUUUCACAAGUUGCGGCACUAUGGGUUGAAGGGGAAGAGAACGGAGAACAUGGUCGUAGAAAUAUACAAGUAAGAACACAUAGUGACCUUCAAAGGACUGUUGAGUACUAUUAUGGUUGUUAUGAUCCUUUACAGUACCCUUUAAUGUUUCCAUUUGGAGAACUUGGCUGGCAUCAACACAUUCCCAAAAAAAAUUCCAAUAAACAAGGUAAUAGUGGAAUAGGAACAAGCUCUGCAGAAAGGCUUAUUUCGCCAUUUGAUGCUAUAGAUGCUGAUGAAUUAUUAAAUAUGGAACAAACAGAGACACAAAGAUUAGCAUUUUAUAGAAAUCAACAACAAGAGUUACGACAAGAGUUACUUCAAGGAGUUGUAGAUGCUAUGGCAAGUGGUGAGACAAAUGCAUCAACAAUGGGUCAGCGAGUGGUUUUACCAGCAAAUUUUAUAGGUGGUCCAAGGAACAUGAGACGAAAAUACAUUGAUGCUAUGGCAUUAGUCCAAAAGUUUGGUAAGCCAGACAUUUUUUUAACCUUAACAUGUAAUCCUAAUUGGCCAGAAAUCAAACAACACAUGAUGCACCAUGAGGAAGCACAAAAUAGGGCGGAUUUAAUUGUUAGAGUAUUCCAUGCAAAACUUGACCAAUUUAAAAAAGAGAUUUUCAAAAAUGAAAUAUUUGGAAAGGUUGUUGCAUACACUUAUGUUGUGGAGUUUCAAAAAAGAGGUCUUCCACAUGCUCAUUUUUUGCUAAUACUUGGAACUCCUUAUAAGAUGUACCAUGCUGAAGAAUAUGAUGAAAUAGUUUCAGCAGAAAUACCAAAUGAAAGAUCAAAUCCUCAUCUAUUUCGCAUGGUAGUGAAACAUAUGCUUCAUGGUCCCUGUGGUGAUCUUAAUCCCAAAAAUGUUUGUAUGAAAAAAAAAGGAUAUUGUAAGAAUUUUUAUCCAAAAGCAUUUUGUGAUGUAACAACACAAAAUACUGAUGCAUAUCCAGCAUAUCGAAGACGUGACAAUGGAGUUAAAGUUAUAGUUCGAGGUGCCAAGCUAGAUAACAGAUGGGUUGUUCCCUACAAUCCCUAUUUACUUUGUAAGUUUGACUGUCAUGUAAAUAUAGAAAUAUGCUCUACAAUUAAAGCUGUCAAAUACAUUUAUAAGUACAUAUGCAAGGGAUGUGACAAAAUAAGUUUUUCUGUAACACAAGAUGAUCACUCAUCUAGCAUAAAUGAAAUAGAUCAAUUUCAAGCAGGUAGGUGGAUAUCACCCCCAGAGGCAGCUUGGAGAAUUUUUAGAUUUUCAUUGGGUGAAAUCAAACCUGCAGUUAUUCAUUUGCCUCUACAUUUGGAAAAUUACCAACCAAUAACAUUCAAAAAGAAAGAACGAUGUCCAAAGUCAUACGAUGACCUUAAGCUUUGUAAAGGACAAAGAGUUGACACCUUUCGAGAAUCUGCAUUACUACAUGGAUACCUACUUGAUGAUAACAGCCAACAAUUAUGUUUGGAAGAGGCAUCAAACUACCACAUGCCAUAUGAAUUACGAAGACUUUUCGCUACCUUACUUGUGUAUACAAAUCCUAACAAUCCAAGAAAAUUAUGGGAAUCAUUUGAAGAUGCCAUGCUUGAAGACUUUGUACACUACAAUAUUCUUUCACUAACUGAAGCAAAGCGAUGCGCAUUUCAGCAAAUUAAUACAUUGCUACAGUCUAAUGGAAGAAAACUUCAUGAGUUUGAUAUAUUGCCAAACGAUUUAUCAUAUGCUGAUUUAGAAGAUGACACAAGAGAAGUAGCAACAGAAAAAAGUAUCAUUGUAUCAGAAAUAGAUCAAAGAGCAAUACAAAAUCUCAACAAAAAACAAAAACUUGCAUUUGAUACAAUAAUUAGAAAAGUAGAAAGUAACAAUGGUGGGGCAUUUUUUAUUGAUGGUCCAGGUGGUACAGGGAAAACUUUCCUAUAUAGAGCAUUAUUAGCAUAUAUCAGAUUAAAGGGACAAAUAGCUUUAGCAACUGCAACAUCAGGUAUAGCUGCCUCAUUACUACCAGGAGGUAGGACAGCACAUUCUAGAUUUAAGAUUCCAUUAGAUUUGACAGAUAGGUCAAAUUGUAGGAUCAGUAAACAAAGUUCAUUGGGUAUAUUGAUUAAGACUUGUACGAUAAUUAUUUGGGAUGAAGCUCCAAUGGCAAAAAGACAAGCAAUAGAAGCCCUAGAUGAACUUUUACAAGAUCUUAUGGAAUCAACUGAAAUCUUCGGAGGGAAAGUAGUUGUACUUGGUGGUGAUUUUAGGCAAACAUUGCCAGUUGUUCGAAAUGGAAGCAAACAUGAUACAAUUGCUGCUUGUAUAACUAACUCACACAUAUGGCCAUCACUAUGUGUACUACAACUAAAUGAAAACAUGAGGGCAUUACUAGAUCCAAUUUUUACUGAAUUUCUUCUAAGAUUAGGUGAUGGUAGAGAAAAUUUAGAAGAUGAUGAUGUUGUUACUCUUCCAUCACAAAUUGUCAUAGCAGAUAAUGAUGAAUCACAAGGGUUAAAUGUUCUAAUUAAGUAUGUUUACCCACAUAUAUUUGAAAAUUCUAUAAAUAACCCAGCAUCCUUCAAUCGAGCUAUUUUGACAACUAAAAAUACUUUUGUUGAUGAGCUAAAUGAUAUCUUAAUACACAAAUUCCAAGGAGAAGAGAAAGAGUAUAUUAGUUUUGAUGAAACACUUGAUCAAAAUGACCAAGCUCAUUAUGAGGAUCUUCUACAUUCUUUAACUCCACAUGGUAUGCCACCACAUAAAUUGAUUUUAAAGGUAGAUGCACCUAUUAUAUUAUUAAGAAACAUGAAUCCAGCAAAAGGAUUAUGUAAUGGUACAAGACUUUUUUGCAAGGACUUUGAUAGAAAUGUUAUUCGAGCACAGAUAGCAUUCAAUGAUUUUGCUGGAAAAGAGGUAUUUAUACAUAGAAUACCUUUACAACCACCUACAGGUGAAGAAUACACAGUGCCAUUCAAAAGAACACAAUUUCCAAUCAAGGUAUGCAUUCCAGCGAUGGUAGUUCCUUUCUUUGCCAAACAAAUUACAACCAUCAACGUAAGUGUUUUUGCAAUAUCAUGGAAUACACUAUUCAGUGAUCUGAAACAACUUUACUGCAACAUCAUAUGGCAGUACAAAAGGAAAGGGACAAGUUCAAUUCAUCACGCCAAAGGACAACAUGCAACAUCUGCAAUUGCUUUAUUACAUACACAUUGCAACCAUAAUUUGUAUUGUCAUACAGUUUCAUUUAUGAUUUUAUUUCAAAUUUAUUUAUAUGUAUAUGGUGAAUCAGAUCAUUUGCCCUCGAUUGGUCAUUUGAGACCUAAAUAG